AUGUCUGCAGGUUCCUGUACGCGGAACCAAACGGCGCUAACAACAGACUGCAACUCGCUCUGUCCCCAAGGUCGCCCAUGCAUCGCGUAUGCUGCUGGUGAUGAAGGCGAAUGCUCGACUGUAGCUUCGACGCUCGGAAACUGCACCGCAGACGACUUCUGCGCAUAUGAGUGCUUUGCCACUGGCCCAGACGACUUUGCAGCGAAUGGAGCAAUCGAUUUCAGCGUUUAUACUUUUUUUAUCCCGUUUAGCAACGAGGUGGAGGCGGUGGCGGGGAUUUUGACAACGGAAUAUCCGUCCAAAUCCAAUGACGCACUGCAGCACAUUGAAGUACUGGAUUUUAUGGAGUCCACGACUGGAGUUGUGCUAUCUGGAGGCUCGAGUCUCUUUAGUGUAAGGGGGAAAGUGGCGAAAAUGCAACUCCCGCAAGACCUCUUCGCUACGGACACGCAAUUGCGAAAAGUGACAUUGGCAAAUCUAGGAUUGGAGCAGAUUCUCAAGUCCUCGUUGCCGUCAGGACUCGUGAAUUUGACGAUCUCCAACUGCCUUAUGACGAGUUAUCCGGACGAUCUACACACAAUGAAGGAGCUUGAAAAUCUGCAUAUCUUUCAUCUGGAUCGCACGCGCAUGGAACUUCAUGGUGUGCAACGAGCACUUGUAGCAAAGUUCUGGGGUGAUAGCUUCGAGUACGAGGAGUGUCAGUGUCAUGUCACUUUGAACUUACGUUUUGUCACUUUGAUUUUACCUGUCGCCAUUUUGAAGUUGAAUAUAUGUUUUAUUAGCCUUUCUUUUAUCACUUUGCUGACGUUUUUAGCUCUUCGACGCCUCGAUCUACGUGGAAAUAACUUCACAAAUAUCAAGCUUACAGCCGCACAAUUCAAUUUUCUCCAAGCACUCGACGAAUUCGACGUCGACUCGUUUGGCGACGUCAUCUGCAACACGACACAGACGCUACAAACCAGCAGCCACACACUAGACGUAUGUGUGCUAUCACCCGAAUCCAUAGAAGAACAGUCAUCGAACAAGGCACUCAUCGCCGGGGUCAUGGCUACAUCCUUCGUGCUACUUUUUAUCCUCGGUAUCAUCUUCGUGUUCCGAUAUCUUCGUCACCGAGCGAUAAGUUUAAAACCAGGAUCUGAGAUCGUCAAUCUGCGUCAAGAGUUGAUAAGUUCCACAGAAGAGACACCUCCAUACAAAUAUCAUCAAAGAGUAGAACGCCAUUCUACCAACUCGACUCCGAGAGACCCUGCACCUCGACAUGUGUUCCCUUACGAACACGAGCUUGAAAUGUUGCUCCUCAACGUAGAGGAGCUCGAAUACAUUCGUAAAUUCGACAACGAGCGUCGUUCUCGAGACCCUAGCCGCGAGGCCUUCUUAACACGCUUCCGUGGCUCCAGAUUUCUCGUCUGUAAAAGAUUGCAGCAAAAAGAUCUCGGUGAAACGUCAGAGAUGCAACACUUUGCUGAGGAGAUCCAUCUUGCCGCUUCUCUCGAUCAUCCACGAAUCGUAGCGCUUGUGGGCGUUAUUUGGAGUCGAAUGUACGGUCUGGAGGCGUUAUUUGAGUACAUGGAAGGCGGCAAUCUGCGUGUAUAUCUGGAUAAAGCUGAGACAACGACCGAGUUUAAAGGAUGGCGCUCUCAAAGUGCCUGGAAGUUGCAAGUCGCUUUCGAUGUGGCUGAAGCGUUGGCUUAUGCUCACGCGUUCAAGCCCACGUUGGUACAUCGGAAUCUCACGUCACACAGCGUUUUAUUGUCUUCUUCACCAGAUUGUCGUGCUCUACUGGAUAAUUUUAUAAUUGCUAUAAAAGGAUAUCCCAGUACGUCCACCAUCGAUAUUUCACAUCGAGACGAGCGAUGGCUGUCGCCAGAAGUUAUCACGGGCACUGCAGACUACAGUCCUGCAGCGGAUAUUUAUGCGUUUGGAGUCAUUUUAUCAGAGAUUGAUACGCAUUCCGCGCCCUACGAGAAUACUGGAAGUGGCAGACAAAAUCUAAGCGAUGUGGAGAUUCUAGAUCUCGUGGCAUCGGGUAAACUGCAUCCUGUAUUCACGCUAGGAUGCCCGACAGGAGUUCGGGAGCUGGCUGAGAGAUGCUUGAGUCUUGAGACCGCAGAUCGCCCUACCGCACUGCAAGCUGUCGUCGUUCUACGCACACUACUUUCGGAAAAAAGUUGCACGCACUUUUGUUGA